GCAGUCAGAAGGGCGUGCAUUCACACGCAAGCUUCUACUAUCAACCCUUCUCAGUUCGGUCAGCACGUGCAAAAUUCUUUACCAGCACGCAUUGGCUGCAGCAGAAAAAGUGGAAGGAAUUUUUAGCUCUUGCAAGAGAAAAGAGAAAAAACAUUGCCAUGUCUUUUGAGACAAAAGACAAGGCUGAAGUGCGUCUGGUGUUUCUAGGAGCAGGGGGAGUGGGGAAGACAGCCCUCAUCCAGCGGUUCCUCAAAGACACCUUUGAGCCGAAGCACCGGCGCACAGUGGAGGAGCUCCACAGGAAGGAGUACGAAGUGGGAGGAAUUAAAGUCACCAUCAGCAUUAUGGACACCAGUGGGAGCUACUCCUUCCCCGCCAUGCGCAAACUCUCCAUCCAGAACAGCGACGCCUUUGCUCUGGUCUACGCCGUGGACGAUCCAGACUCCCUUGAGGCGGUCAAGAGACUGCGAGAGGAGAUCCUGGAGGUCAAGGAGAGCAAGCACACGCCGAUCGUUGUGAUCGGCAACAAGAUAGACCGACUCAAGGAGCGGAGGGUGUCCAGCGAGGACGUGCUGUCCACGGUGGAAGUGGACUGGAACCACAUCUUCCUGGAGUCCUCGGCCAAGGACAACGUCAACGUGAUGGAGGCCUUCGUGGAGCUGCUGCAGCGGGCCAACCUGCCCACGCAGCUGAGUCCGGUGCUCUGCAAGAGACGGCUGACGUUCCCCAAGGAAAACCACAAGCGUGCCCCCAUGAACAAAACCAACAGCUGCCUCCUUUCGUAGAGAUGGACGGAGGGAGGCAGAGAAAAAUGUGCAAACGAGACCAGAGGAUUGAUGCGGAUGAUAGAAAAACAAACCAAGUGACAAUGUUUGACAAGAUAAUCAAAUGUUCCCUUCUGCUCCCAGCUCCAAUAUACUCCUCCUAAAACAAACACGAACAGAUGAAAACAAAUAGAGACGUAAAGACGGCAUGAAUGUUGUACCUACCGUGAAUGUCAGAACAUUUACUAUAAAAAAAAGAAAAAAAAUUCUUUACAGGUCAUGUAAAGAAUUUUGCACUCAAAACUAUAAGUAAUAGUGUUUCUAUCUGUAAAUGUGUGGUUUUUGUGUCUGUGCAGCGGAUGUCAAUAUAUGAAGAAAAUAUACUGUGCACUUUAUAUUUUUGAGAAGUCUUAGUGUUGGAAAUUCUGCUUUACUGAACCUUUUUGUUUGCAAAUCCUAGCAGAGCUUAAAAUGUGAACGAAAAUGAAGCGCAUUUCUAUUUUGUUGAAAAGUGUUCUGCUCAGUUAUAUAUUUUUUGCAUACUUUCAGUGUUUUGUCUAAACCAGGGAAAAAAUAGAUGCGUUGUCUGUGGUUCUCUGUUGUGCUUGUAUCGUACCUUCCUUAUUGUGUAUAAUUGCCAACUUGAUGUGAAAAGAAAAAUAAAGCGUUCAUCUUAGAAAGCAGUAUUGUGAUUUUAUAAGAGAAAGU